GCCCUUCCUUCCAAAAGAAAAAAAUUGACAUAUCUUCUCUCAUUCUCUGUUAACAACGCAUCCGUCCAAGGCUAUAAUUUGUUCUGUCCUCCACAUCCAUCUUGACCCCAUUGGGAUGUGUAAUAUAUGAUAGAAAGACCUAAAGAUACACCCCAAUGGGCACUUGCAUGUCAAAUUUGAACGUUCCUUCAGCCCUCCUCAAGAAAACCAAGCAAAUAAAAGCCUAUUCUAGAAGUUGGCGCCAUGGUAGAAAGCAUCACUCGCAUCAGAUUAACGUCUUGCAAAAUGCAUCUGGCCAAGAUAUUUUUACACGUUAUAAAUUAGGACGGGAGCUUGGGAGGGGAGAGUUUGGUGUGACAUACGAAUGUAUCGACAUUGAGAAUGGAGAGAAAGUUGCAUGCAAGAAGAUCUCAAAAGACAAGUUGAGGACAGAGAUUGAUGUAGAGGAUGUGAGAAGAGAAGUUGAUAUCAUGAGACAUUUGCCUUCUCAUCCAAAUAUUGUUACAUUUAUAGAUGUUUAUGAGGAUAAAGAGGCAAUUUAUCUUGUUAUGGAGCUUUGUGGGGGUGGUGAGCUCUUCGAUAGGAUUGUUGCUAGGGGCCAUUAUAGUGAAAGAGGCGCGGCUCUUGUCACCAAAACCAUGCUCGAGGUUGUCAAGGUAUGCCAUGACCAUGGUGUAAUGCAUAGGGACUUGAAGCCUGAAAACUUUUUGUUCGCAAAUGAAGAUGAAAAUGCCCCAUUGAAGGCCAUUGAUUUUGGCCUCUCCAUGUUCUUCGAGCCUGGUCAGAGUUUUGGGGAAAUUGUGGGAAGCCCUUACUACAUGGCACCCGAAGUUCUGAGAAGAAAAUAUGGAGCAGAAGUAGAUGUGUGGAGUGCAGGUGUUAUUCUUUAUAUUUUAUUAUGUGGAGUUCCUCCUUUUUGGGCAGAAACUGAGGAAGGAAUCGCUCUUUCAAUCAUCAAGGGUCGAAUAGAUUUUAACAGGGAACCCUGGCCAAAGGUUUCCGAAGACGCCAAAGAACUUGUUAAAGGCAUGCUUGAUCCAAAUCCCUCUAGUCGGAUGACAGUCGAAGAAGUUCUAGGACAUAGAUGGAUCCAAAAUGCCCAUAAAGUUCCGGAUAUACCUUUGGGGGACAAUGUCAAAACAAGAAUCCAACAGUUCUCAUUAAUGAACAAAUUCAAGAAAAAAGUUCUUGGAAUGGUAGCUGCAAGCUUGCCUGAUGAAGAAAUACAUGGGAUCAAAGAGAUGUUCAAUAUGUGGGACAUUGAUAAGAAUGGAAACCUAACACCUGAAGAACUAAAGCUUGGGUUAAUCAAUUACGGCAGUAAAGUUUCUGAUCCUGAUGUUCAGUUGUUCAUGGAAGCAGCUGAUCUUGAUGGAAAUGGAACACUAAGUUGUGAGGAGUUUGUAACAAUAGCGUUGCACUUAAAAAGAAUCAGCAGUGACGAACAACUUAAACAAGCAUUCAACUCUUUUGAUAAGAACAAGAAUGGAUAUAUAGAGUUUGAGGAGUUGAGAGAAGCUUUGUUUGAGGAACAUGAAGAACCCAACAAUGAACAAGCUGUUCAUGACAUUAUAUUAGACAGUGACUUGGAUAAGGAUGGUCGGAUCAGCUAUAAAGAAUUUGCUGCAAUGAUGAAAGUGGGAAUGGAUUGGAAGAUGGCAUCUCGACAGUACUCGAGAGUAAUGCUUAAUGCACUUAGCAUGAAAAUAUUCAAAGACAAAAGUAUGCAUAUGAAAGCAUGUAAAACAAUGAAAAGGUGAUCAUAGUUAUGCCCUAGAAUCAAGAAAAAAAGAGAAACAAAUCUUUACAUCUUUGGCUCCUACUUGAAGAAGGAAAUUAAAGUUAGAGAUAUUGAGUAUGAACUAUUAUUUAAUACAUAUCAAUACUAUAGCUUAGGAUAUCAAUUGUGCGAAUUGCCCUGCCACUUUUUUCCUCUC